AAGCGAGAGAAAGGACUAGAAAUUCCAAACCCAUUUUCUUUCUCUUUGCUUUCUUCAAUUCCUUCACAUUCUCCCUCAUUCUUUUCUUUCAUUUUCAACCUUUUUCUCAGAUUUAUCCACCCAUUUUCUUUUCCUUUGAGAAACCUUUUUUCACUCAUGGCUAAGUUUUUUUAAUUAUUCUCCUUAAGAUCAAACUUUCUUUACGAGUCUUGGGUUAAUAUAUAACAUUUGAGUCCAAGUCUGGCCCCACCAUCGGCUUGGUGUUUUUUCUUAUGAAUUUCUUGAAGCCAGAAAAUGGCAACUGAACCAGUUUUAACAUUCUCUUUGGCUUCUGUGGUUGAAGAGGUUCUUCAACAGCAUGCUGGUCGUUUAGACGCAAACUCGGCAUCCAGAAAAACUGAAGAAACCUCCUUGAGAAGGUAUGAAGCAGCUGGUUGGCUACGGAAAACAGUUGGAGUUGUUCGAGGGAAAGACUUGCCAGCUGAACCUUCUGAAGGAGAUUUCAGGAUUGGAUUGCGUAGUGGGAUUAUCCUAUGUAGUGUUCUUAACAAAAUUCAACCUGGAACAGUGUCGAAGGUAUUUGAAAAACCUUGUGAUUCUGUUAUUAUUCCUGAUGGAACAACAUCUGCAUAUCAGUACCAAGAAAAUAUAAAGAAUUUUCUUGUGGCUGUGGAGGAAAUGGGGCUUCCUACCUUCGAAGUUUCUGAUUUGGAACAGGGAGGAAACUCUGAGAGGGUAGUGGAUUGUGUUCUAGAGCUAAAGUCUUAUGCCGAACGAAAAGUUGGAGGAAGUGCAUCUGGGAAAUAUAGUGGGGUUGCGAAUGCAAAGCCACCUAUCUCUGCGAAACGAAUUACGAGGAAAAACUCAGAACCAUUCAUGAAGUCUAUGAGUCCUUUGCCAUCAGGGGAUAGAGAUGGUGGUUAUAUGAGUGAUCCCGGACAAGAUCGAAGCGAAAGGGUUAGGAAGCUUUAUUUGGAAUCCUUGCUUAGCAAAGUCAUGGAGGAAUGUGAACAUCACAUGCAAAUUCGAUGUAAAAUGUAUAAAACAACUAGGGAAGAUACAGCACCGUGUGAAACUGAAUGUUCAAUUUCAGAAGCUGCUUCUAUUAAUGAAACGGUGAAAGAAAAGGAAGAUGAACAUGCUGUACAAGAAGAGCAUGAUCUACAAGAUAAACAUGAUGUAAAAGAUGAACAUGAUAUACGAGAUGAACAUGAUGUAAAAGUUGAGCGUGACAUUCAAGAUGAACACAGGGAAGAAAAUAAACGAGAGGAAAGUUGUGAAAAGAUGUGCAAUGAACAUGAAAAAUCAAUCCACAAAAAAUCGAUUUCGAAGCAGCAAAAUAUAGUUGCGCAACAAAAUAGAAACAUCCAGGAAUUGAAAAACAUUGUCCAUCAAACAAAACAAGGAAUGCAAUUGAUGCAAAGUGAACACCAGAAGGAGAUCAUUAAUCUAAGCAAGCACCUAUACAGCCUAACCUGUGCUGCUUCGGGAUACCAUAAAGUUCUUGAAGAAAACCGCAAGUUAUAUAAUGUAGUGCAAGAUCUGAAAGGAAAUAUUAGGGUAUACUGUAGAGUCCGACCUUUCUUGGGUGGUCAACCAAGUCAUUAUAGCUCUGUCGGUAACGUGGAAGAUGGAAGCAUCUCAAUCAUAACACCUUCCAAAUACGGUAAAGAGGGGAAGAAGACAUUUAAUUUCAAUAGAGCAUUUGGUCCUUCUGCAACCCAAGGAGAAGUUUUUGCCGACACACAGCCUCUUAUUCGUUCUGUUUUGGACGGUUAUAAUGUCUGCAUAUUUGCCUAUGGCCAGACGGGAUCAGGAAAAACAUUCACUAUGUCUGGGCCAGAUGAACUUAACGAUGAGACCAUAGGUGUCAACUAUCGUGCACUAGGAGACCUUUUCUAUCUCUCUGAUCAAAGAAAAGAUACAAUUUCUUAUGAAAUCUCUGUUCAGAUGCUUGAGAUUUACAACGAGCAAGUUAGGGACCUACUUUUGUCCGAUGGAGACAUCCGCAAUAGUUCCCUUAAUGGCAUCAACGUUCCAGAUGCUAACCUUGUUCGGGUUUCAUGCACUUCUGAUGUCAUAAGUUUGAUGAACUUGGGACAUAAGAAUCGUGCUGUUGGUUCUACUGCCAUGAAUGAUCGUAGUAGUCGGUCUCACAGUUGUCUUACAGUUCAUGUUCAAGGAAAGAACUUGACCUCAGGAGGCACAAUUCGUGGUUGCAUGCAUCUGGUUGAUCUGGCAGGAAGUGAGAGGGCUGAUAAAACGGAGGCUACAGGGGAUAGACUCAAGGAGGCUCAACAUAUCAACAAGUCACUUUCUGCAUUGGGAGAUGUAAUUUCUGCCCUUGCCCAAAAGAGUCCACAUGUUCCCUACAGGAAUAGCAAACUCACUCAGCUACUUCAAGAUUCUCUUGGAGGGCAAGCAAAGACUCUCAUGUUUGUUCAUAUAAGUCCGGAGCCCGAAGCUCUUGGAGAAACACUUAGCACACUCAAGUUCGCCGAACGAGUCGCCACUGUCGAACUCGGUUCAGCGCGAGUUAAUAAAGACAAUUCAGAUGUGAAAGAGCUUAAAGAACAGAUUGCUAGUUUGAAGGCAGCCUUAGCGAGAAAGGAAGGAGAAGCAGAACAGUUUAAUAAUUGCAAUGAAACACCUAAGCAUAAAUCAUAUGCAUCUUCUCCUCCUGUGCAUCGGCCUUCCAGUGGUGGAUCUCGUAGGCUAUCAAAAGAUGAUUCUAGUAGCCUGGACGAUCAGAAAAAUGUUGCUUCAACGUUGAAAAGACAAAGCCUAGAUCCUCAUGACAUGGAUGCCAAUUCACCUCAAUGGACAAGUGUCACAAGUGAAAGAAAGGAGGAUGAUAAAGAAUCAAUUUCUGGAGAUUGGGGUGAUAAGAUUUCCAUGAACAGAAAUGACAGCAUAACUAGUGAUGAUAGUGUUGUGGGAGCGUGGGAAGUAGAAAGCAAACAAUCUUCUCCGAGGUUAAGUCUCAAUUUUCUCUCAGAGCCUUCUAAAAUAGACAACUCCUCUAAUAAAAAGGACAACCAAGACAAUGAAGAUUUACGGAGACCCAGUUUUGAUAUGACUACCACAGACGAAUCAGAUGAACACGAGAUUGCUACUGUAACUAGUGAUUCUUCUGAGUCAGACUUGCAUUGGCCACCACAAAUACCUAAACCAAUCACCAUUUCCAGUGGAUUAGGCAUUAAAGCAAAGAAAAAAACAAAUCUCAGAUCAAUAAAGAACGCAGACAGCAGGAGUAUGAUCCCAUCAUUCAUUCCUGCGCCCGUGCCUGUGCAUGUGCCUGUGCCUGUUCCCGUCUCAUCAAGGAAACAACAACCAGUUACUCAAGGAAGAAAGCCCCCAGGAUCUUCUGAUGUAAGGAGAAGAUUUGGGAACAGUGCCAAGUGAGAAUAUGCUCUUCUAAGCCUUUUCUCAUUCCUUGCUUCACUGCCUUUGAUGACAUUUUUAUGAGCUAAAUCAUCAUCAAAGAUAUACUUCACAUUCAUUUUCUUCAUCUUUAAAUAUUUAUGGCAUCAAAGUGAUCUUCUAAAGAUUUAAGAAACAUGAAUUGGUUUAUGUUAUUGUCAUCGACUCUGACAGAGAAAUCAUUUGAAUGUUGCAACUCUUUAGCACUGGACCAAAUUGAUGUAGGUGUAUGUCUAGACAACUGAACUGAUAGCUUAGUAGUUUUUUUAUAUCACCUUUUUGUAUCUGUAAUUAUGUUCAGGAAUUGAGGUGAAGAGCUUCUUUCAUUUUACAUUCUGGCCAAAACAUUCAACCAAUUCCUUGAGUUCAUGUAUUUAUUUAGUAUUCAUUGAACUGAUCUCUACAACAUUAACUUAACUUAUGUAUCCUUGUACGGAAGUAUAUAAAACUAGACUUGUAU